GUGGGUUGGAGGCUGGAGGGAGAGUGGUGGAGAGAGGCAGGGGCCAUUCCAGGGGUGAUAGAGGGAGUGUAGACAGCUGAAGCACUAAUGGCAAGUUUUGUUCCCUUCUUUUUGUGUUUUCUGAAUCGCACAGGUUAAGAUUACGGGGGCUAAGCACGGCUGGCGGGCUGCAGUGGUUGGGAUGCUGCUGGAUGAGACGAGAACAGCCCGCCGCCACCGCUCAUGGCGCCGCUCUCUGACAACUUCAACACUGUUCCAGAUGGGAAGGCAUCGCGCACAGCAGCACUGCAAAUGACAAGCUCGUCACUGCCUUUAUAAAUUUUGCUCAACGCAGAUUUGUUAGUAUUCACCCCUCUCCCUCUCUGCGGCUCUUUCUCUCCGCUUCUCUUUUGCCUACAAUAGCAUAGCAGAGAAAUCUGACGAUGACAGAACUCCGCUGAUUGCUGAAAAAGCCAAAGGGAGAAGAAGAUCAAAGUUGGCUGACAUUCAGCUCCGGUCCUGCUCUCUGGCCAGAGUCGGGUAGGAAGUAUCUGCAGGUUUCCCGAUUGAAGGAGGAAUGAAGAAUCUGGGAACUUUUUUCCAGCUCUGAGAGACAUCAGUGAUUGUGUGCGUCCAGGGGCGCUUGGGAGCAAGACAAAACCAAUCACUCGUCUAGCUUUCCCGGGCCAAGAGGAGGCAAGGCAAGGGGGUACGGGACGAGAAAAACCCCUCCAUGAGGACUUGAUCUGUUUCCACAAACAAUUUAGUGUAUUCAUGAGGUUACGCAAAUGUAGAGGCAGCAAAAUUACCGUAAUCAGCUGAAACAGCGAUUGCGCAUCCAUGGCGCUGAUUAUUUGGAGAUCAUCUAUCAGCUUGAUGUGUAUGUAACGAGGAAAGGGGGGCACUGAAUUACUGUCGAGUUUUCAGAGACAACUCCAUGGUCAUUGGGCGAGGGAGUUUGGUCAGAGACAAUAAGGCUCCUUGGACGGGUGACGGAAGUAUUUCGCCAAACAUUAGAUAGCUGACUCUGCUUUGUUGGACGGUGUUGUUUUGAAACCAAAACCCAGGCAGUUCAGACGAUCCACAGAGCCGCUUUCUCCUUAAUCUCCUUUUUUUUUCCCUCCCUCCUCUUCAUUGACAAAAGAAAAAAAGAAGCGGCCAAAGCGCAGAUCGUAGAGGGAUAAACUAAGCAUGGAAGUCAGGUACAACCAAGAAACUGAAGCCAUGGUAAUGAAGAACGGGCUGAAGGAGCCAAAGGACGGCAAAGAUUCCCAGAGCAUUUUGUCCAAAAGCUUCCAGAAGGAUCAGCAGGACUCCUUCUCCUCGUCGGGGAGUGUGGACAACUGCGAGAAGAGCAGGGCGAGCGCGGGGGACCCGGACUACUGCCGCCGGAUCCUUGUCCGAGAUGCUAAAGGCUCCAUACGGGAGAUCAUCCUGCCCAAGGGCCUGGACCUGGACCGGCCCAAACGCACUCGCACCUCCUUCACGGCAGAGCAGCUCUACCGGCUGGAGAUGGAGUUCCACCGCUGUCAGUAUGUGGUGGGCAGGGAGCGCACGGAGCUGGCUCGGCAGCUCAAUCUGUCAGAAACGCAGGUGAAAGUCUGGUUUCAGAACCGCCGCACUAAGCAAAAGAAGGACCAGGGAAAGGACUCUGACCUUCGAUCCGUGGUCUCAGAAACGGCGGCCACCUGCAGUGUCCUCAGACUGCUGGAGCAGGGCCGGCUGCUGACCCCUCCUGGCCUGCCAGGGCUCCUGCCUCACUGCGGCUCGGCCCUGCGUCCCCCCUCCAUGGCUGUGGCCGCCAACGGGAACAGCGGUGCGGCCGGCGGCGGCAGCAGCACAGCGGGAGGUAGUCCUCCGCUGCCGGCCGUCACCAGCUCGGGAACAGUGGCGGGGCUGCAGAGCUCGCCGGCGGCACACAGCCUCUUCAAUUUCCCCAUGCCGUCCUUAUUGAGUGGCGUUGCCACGCGGCUCUCCUCAAACCCCCUCUCCAUGGCGGGCUCGCUGGCCGGCAACCUACAGGAACUCUCUGCACGCUACCUGAGCUCCUCUGCCUUUGAGCCUUACUCGCGGACCAAUGGGAAAGAAUCCAUGGACAAGAAAAUUCUGGAAUGAUGCUUUUCUAAAGUAUGGAUUCUUUUUUUGUGUUUUUUCUGGAUGGAUUUUCACGGCUGUUACUGUCUUUGUUUGGUUCUGUCGAUGUCAUGCUCCGUAGCAGUGUUCCAGCACAUGUUUGACAAACAAAGACAUGUAGGCUCAUCUGCAGGCGCUGGACGAUUUUGCACACAGUGUUCAGGCAGGAUUUGAAAAGCAGAGAGUCAGAGGGACAUAUGCUGACACAAGCGUUGAGGUUACAUUUGAUCCGUUAAUCCAAAAACACCUUUCUGAGCCUGCUGGGCUGAGCUGCUGUCAACCAGCAGGCAGCGUGGAGGGGCCGAUGACAGUUUGUUUCUAAACUGGAGACGUAGAAAAGACAGCAGGUCCAAUCAGCAAUUUUGAAUCAAGCAAAAAUAAUUGAAAAAAAAGGAUAUUGGCAAAAUAUAAACCACCUGCUGCUUUUUGAGCCCGAAUGAAACCUCAAAUGUAACCCAGAGACGAAGUUGUUGGAUGGUUCCCAUGUUCUGUGUGGUUUUCUCUUCACUUUGUGGUAUUUCUGUCCCUAAGAUGCGCUAACUGAGGGUUUGCUUUCCUUUGUCUCUUCUUUUCUCAUCUUCCCGUCAGUGAUUUCCAUGCCCCUGUGACUUCUCAGAGUGUUGGUGUUUUUGUUUUCUGUGCAGAAGUUUUGUACGGGACGAAGAAUAAGAUUUUGUAAAACAAAAUGAAAAGAUUUUCAAUAUCAAAUAGGCUCAAACUCUAAGGCCUUCAUCACAGACUGCUGCAUGAGAGGAAUGACUGGUUUUAUUGUACAACAAUGCUGAGAAUUGUACCUUAAAGUUGUUAUUUUAUUGUAAAUUAUUCACCUCUGUAAUUAAUAGAUUAUUAGUAUAUUUGGGGAAUAAUGGAUGGAUGAAUGAAUGUAAUAGUGAGCCUGAGGAGUUUUUGGUGCUGUCGUUGUUAUAUAUCUUGAAGUUUGUAAAAUGUGCGGUACAAAUGUGCAUAUAUAUAUACAUACAUAUAUAUAUAUAUAUUACGUAUACGGCUUCAGACAAAGACAAAGUGUGUUCUUUCUUUCAUACAUGUUGCUGCGGAUGAAAUUACUGACUGUUAUACCUCUGAUAAACCAGCCUGACACGUGCUUUCUCCACGUCCUCGAGUGAUUUCAAACACACGGACUCCACACGGUUUGUGGAACAGACAGAGGAGACACUCAACAGUCACAAAGCCAGUGGUGGCAGAGCAAGAGGUAUUAUGAUUCUUUAAAAAUCUCAAGUAGAUUUCAUUUGUGUCUCAAGUAAUUUUUUUUGUUAGAUCAAAUAACUUAACUUUAGUGUGUAAAAUAACACAAAAGCACCUGCCCAAAAAAAAUUCUAUUCCAAGGUCAGACAUUCAAGACACUCGAGAGUGCAAAUAUCCUCAAAUUAGAACAGGUUUAAAAAAAAAAGAAACGAUUUUUAUAGACAAAACCAAUAUAAUGAGGCUGCAUAAAAAUGUUUCCUCAAACUGAAACCAACAAGUCUUCAAGGCAACUGGAAAAGAUAUUCCAAG